GAAAAGCUCAGCAUUCAGAGCUACAUUAUAACGACCACUUCGACCAUCUACAAGACAGUCUGCCAAAGUUGUGAAGACUUGAGUUAGGUGUGAACACGGAAACCAUGCUGAAGGUAGUAUUUGUGCUGGGAUGCCUCCUGAGCCUCACUCUGGCCAAUCCUAUGGACAUGGCACACAGACGACUUGCCCGCUCAAGCUCUGACUCUAACUCUGGCUCAUUCUCCAAUGAGCGUUCCUCAGGACAGCCAAACCUGGAUCAGCAGCUUUUCCAGUUACUUCUCGCCAUCUUCCGGGCAACUUCAACAACUGCAGCUACCACAACUACAGCUGCAACUACCACAACUACAACUGCAACUACCACUACUGCAGCCACAACUGUUGCUCCUGCUACAACAAAAUAAAACCUGAAAUUCAACCAGAAGUUGUUAAGUGAAUGAAAACCAGUAUUGAAUGAUGUGGAUUUUUCACAUCGGGGCUGUUGGGGUGUCAGUUUGUCAUGUUUUAUAGAGAAGUCACAACUGUUUAAAAUUUUUUAAAAUUAAAAUUGCAUUCAUCAUUCUGGUUCAAGUAAAAAUAAGGAUUGAAAUCUCUUUAUUCUCUGUGCUGUCUGCUGAAUAAACUUCAUAAAUGGAA